GCACCGCAGCGCACCGGGCCGGGCGGGCACCGGGGCUGGUGCGGGCCGCCCCCGCCAGAAAUGGAAACAAACAACCAUUUUAACUUCACUGGCCUUUCCUCUGUACCCGCUGCCUCAGGACCGAAACCCACGCCUGCCUCAGGGGACCCCCCCUUCGCCCACAGCUCCCCACUCAGCUUCCCCCCGCAAGGGAAAAGUCUGAACGGGGGCAUGAAUGUCAAUGGCUUCUCUACUGUAUCACACCCCGGUACUUCAGGGACGUUCUCACCUGGCUCUGCGCCUGCCGGGGCCCAGCCCCUCCGCGCCUACGACUGCCUGUGGGACUACACGCCCUACGCACCCGCUGGUGGCCUCAAGGACGGGGCCCCACCUGCCCUCGGACAGUUCCCCCUCAAUGGCGUGGCUGGGGGGUCCCGGCUGGCAUCGCCAGGACACGGCACCAACCUGCGGGCAGCCGGGCAGGAGUUCUGGGGCAACGGCACCACCGGGCCCAUGGGGCUGAACUUUGACUCUCAGGAGCUCCUCGACUCCUUCCACGACCAGAGCUUCGAGCUGAUGCAGAACGGGCCUGACAGCUUCUAUGCAGCGAGUCAGUCCUCGCCCAUACUGAGCUCGGACACGCAGCCCUUCCCGCUGGCUCCGGACGAGCCGGACCCUGGCCAGGGAGACGCUGACGGCGCAGCCAAAGAGAUGCCCACCACCACCAUCUCAGAGAACGGGGGUGGGCUGGUGGGCAGCCAGGAGCUGGAGGAGGCACAGCCAGACCUGAAGAUCUGCAGCUACAACGGGGCUGCAGCCACUGGCACGGGGUCGCUGGGGCCGGAUGGGUCCGUCCUGGCUCCGAGGGACAGCAGGUGCCUGGGGGACGCGUCGCCCAUCGCCCCGCGACUGGAGGACACCCACAUCCUCAGCGAGGACCCCCUGGAGCCCUUCGAGUCGCUGGCCAGAGGCACCGGCGACCUGUACACGAUGGACGACUCGCAGCUGGUGAGCGACAAGUCCUCCCUGGAGGAGCCCCCCGACCUGACCGCCAGCCCCCCGAUCCACGCUGACCCCUUCAGCCUGCUGCCCGCCAGCCCCUCGCCCGCCCCGCUGCUCGAUGGCCCCGGCUCGCCACCCGCCCUGCACGGCGACAACGCCGAGCUGAACAGCGGCGACCACGCGGGGCUGCGGGAGUCGGGGUCCCUGGAGCUAGACCCUCCGCUGGAGCCGGAGUCUCCGGCCCCAUCUGCGGAGGAGGAGGAGGAGGAGGAAGAAGAAGAGGAGGAGGAGGAGGAGGAGGAGGAAGAAGAAGAGGCCGCCGACAGCUGCCCGGAGACGUCGGCCGUGCCAGAAGGAGAGAGCGGGGAGCCCGCCCAGCUGAGUGCCUCGGGGGCAGGUGAUGCCCCUCGCCGGCGCAUCGCCACGCAGGAGGAGGUGCGCUUCCCGCUGCAGCACGGGUGGAGGCGGGAGGUUCGGAUCAAGAAGGGGAACCAUCGCUGGCAGGGUGAGACCUGGUACUACGGCCCGUGCGGGAAGAGGAUGAAGCAGUUCCCGGAGGUGAUCAAGUACCUGAGCAGGAACAUGGUGCAGGAUGUCCGGCGUGAGCACUUCAGCUUCAGCCCCCGCAUGCCCGUGGGAGACUUCUACGAGGAGCAGGACACGCCCGAGGGCAUGCAGUGGGUGAAGCUGAGCCCCGAGGAGAUCCCCGGGCGCAUCCAGGCCAUCACGGGCAAGCGUGGCCGGCCCCGCAAUGCCGAGAAGGCAAAGCCCAAGGAGCCCCCGGCUGCCAAACGGGGCCGGGGCCGCCCACCCAAGGUCAGGAUGGUGGAUUUGCUGAGCAAGACGGACGCGCGGCUGCUGAAAAGGCUGGAAGCACAAGAGGUGCUCAGUGAGGAGGACAAGUUGAAAAUGAGCAAGAUCAAGAAGAAAAUGAGGCGGAAGGUGCGGGGCAUCCCUGAGUGGGUCUUGUCUUCCCCUCAGGCCAAGAACAAGCAGAAGCAGGAGGCCAAAGCCCCCAGGGCCAAGGAGGCCAAGAAGAAAUCCAAGGCCAAGGAAAAGAAGGGGAAGCCUGAGAAGGGCAAGGACAAGGCCCGGCCGAAGGAGAAGAAGGGCAACAAGGGGGUUCGGAAGACAGACAAGGGGCUGCUGGCCCAGCGGCGCCUGGAGGAGCGGCAGCGGCAGCAGCUCAUCCUGGAGGAGAUGAAGAAACCCACGGAGGACAUGUGCCUGGGGGACCACCAGCCCCUUCCAGCCUUCUCCCGCAUCCCGGGGCUCGUCCUGCCCAGCCGCGCCUUCUCCGAUUGCCUGAUGGUGGUGGAGUUCCUGCAGAGCUACGGGAAGGUGCUGGGGCUGGAGCCAGCACGGGACGUGCCCACGCUGGGCGCGCUGCAGGAGGGGCUGCUGGGGGUGGCCCCCGGCGCGGGGCAGCUGCAGGACCUGCUGGUGAGGCUGCUGCAGGCAGCGCUCUGUGACCCCGGCCUGCCUCCCUACUGCCAGUCCCUGAAGAUCCUGGGGGAGAAAGUGUCGGAGAUCAGCCUGAACCGUGACACGGUGUCCGAGAUCCUGCGCUGCUUCCUGACGGCACGCGGGGCGGGCGCGGAGCUGUGCGAGGAGCUGCGCACCAAACCCUUCCAGGCGCUGCCCCCCGAGCGCAAAGCCUCCAUCCUGGUCUUCCUGGUCAACGAGCUCAACGGCAGCGCCCUCAUCAUCAGUGAGAUCGACAGGACCCUGGAGAGCAUGUCCAACUACAGGAAGAACAAGUGGAUCAUCGAGGGCCGACUCCGCAGGCUGAAGGUCGCCCUGGCCAAGAAAACGGGCCGUCCUGAGUCAGAGAUCACCGGCCUGGAGGACGGCCGGCGCCGGCGCAGCUCCCGCCUGACCGAGGACGUGGGGCUGGAGAUGGAGGAGGAGGAGGAGACCCGGGGGCGGAAAUCCCGCCGAGAGGAGGAGGCUGACACGUCUGCGUCCAGCGUCCCAGAGCUGGAGCGGCAGAUUGAGAAGCUGGCCAAGAGGCAGAUGUUCUUCCGCAAGAAGCUGCUGCAUUCCUCCCAGACCCUGCGUGCAGCCUCCCUGGGCCAGGACCGGUUCCGGCGGCGCUACUGGGUCCUGCCCCACCUGGGUGGCAUCUUCGUGGAGGGUGCAGAGGCGGCUGAGCCGGUGGCUCAGGAGCCUCCAGAGGAGAAGGUGUCCCCGCACAUGUCCCCGGUGAAGGAGGAGCCGGCGGCCGUGCCCGUCGCCAGCCGGACGAGCUGCCCGGCCUCGGCCUCGCGCGCCCGAGGGCGGCCCCGCAAGAGCAAAGAGGAGCUGGCACAGCACUGUGGACCCUGCCCCACCCCGGUCAACGGGGUCCUGGAGGAGCCAGAGCCUCUGGGGCAGAGCCAGCACGACCUCAGCCAGUCAGCCUUCCUGUCCUGGCUGAGCCAGACCCAGUCAUCCCUGCUCAAGGACUCCGUCCUCACCCCGGCCAGCAGCCCCGGCAAGGGGGACACGGGGCUCCUGCCACCUGAGGCCCCCUCAGACCCCAUGGAGGAGGAAGAGGAGGAAGAGGAGGAGGAGGAGAGAGCCCCGGAGGCCCUGGCGAAGCGGGGGCCCUGGUUCAACCUGCUGCCCCGCACGCCCUGCGAUGACCGAACCCCCCUCGCUACCUCCUCAGCCGAGCCCUCGCCGCGAGCCCCCACAGCCCCCCGCAGCCACAGCCGUGGGGAGCCACCCAAGGCCUCAGCACGGCAGCUGAACGGCCUCCCCGCAGACGACCCCACGGCUCCCCUGCUCGCCUCCACGCCGGUGCACGCCGGCCCCAGGGCCCAUGGCGCGUGUCCCCGUAGCCAGGGCAGCCUGGAAAAGCUCCAGGACGUGCCAGGACAACCCAAGCGCCGAGGGAGACCCCCCACCAAAUUCUUCAAGCAGAUGGAGCAGAAGUACCUGACGCAGCUGACGGAGCAGCCGGUGCCCACCGAGAUGCAGAGCGGGUGGUGGUGGCUGCGGGACCCCGAGGAGCUGGAGGCCGUGGCGCGGGCGCUGCACCCGCGUGGCAUCCGGGAGAAGGCGCUGCACAAGCACCUCACCAAGCACAAGGAGUUCCUGCGUGAGGUUUGCCUCCGGACCACCACCGACCCCAUCUUUCACCCCGCUGCCACAGUGUCUCAGGAAGCCCUGGCACAGUGGUCAGUGCCAGACAGAGCCUACGAGACCGACCUGGGCGUCCUGCAGUGGGUUGAGGAGCUGGAGCAACGCGUCCUCAUGGCCGACCUGCAGAUCCGGGGCUGGACGUGCCCCAGCCCGGACUCGACGCGGGAUGACCUGCGGUACUGCGAGCACAAGGUGGAGCCCCUGGAGGACAUCACGGUGCGGAGCCGGCGGGAUGGGGUCCCGCUGCGCCGGGAGCUCACCAACCCCCUGGACCUGGCUGUGCUCCGGCUCGCGGCGCUGGAGCAGAACCUGGAGCGCCGUUACCUGAAGGAGCCGCUGUGGCCGCUGCACGAGGUGGUGGUGGAGAAAGCGGUGCUGAGCGGCCCCGAGGAGCUGAACCUGGGCCCCACUGAGAUCGCCUACGAGAUCACACCGCGGGUGAGGACGUGGCGGCAGACGCUGGAGCGGUGCCGCAGCGCGGCCCAGGUGUCCCUGUGCAUCUUCCAGCUGGAGAAAUCCAUCGCCUGGGAGAAAUCCGUGAACAGAGUGACCUGCCUGGUGUGCCGACGAGGGGAUGAUGACGAGCACCUGCUGCUGUGCGAUGGCUGCGACCGUGGCUGCCACCUCUACUGCCACCGGCCCCGCAUGUCAGAGGUGCCCGAGGGCGACUGGUUCUGCUCCGUCUGCGUGGCCCGGGCAGGGCAAUAUCGGGACCCCAUCUCUCCCAGACGAGGCAAGAAGCGGAAACGGGGCCGUGGGGUCACGGGGAGCCCCGGCGUGGAGGAGCCGAGCCCGCGGCGCCGCCCGGCCCCGCGCCGCCGGGAGGGGCUGUCCCCCCGGUAUUCGGGGGAGGGUCUGGCACCCCCCCGCCGGAGGAGCUCGGCCCUGCGGGGCCAGCCCAGCGACCUGACUUUCUGCGAGAUCAUCCUGAUGGAGAUGGAGUCGCACGAGGACGCGUGGCCCUUCCUGGAGCCCGUGAACCCCCGGCUGGUCCCCGGCUACCGCAAGAUCAUCAAGAACCCCAUGGACUUUGCCACCAUGCGCACGAGGCUGCUGCAGGGCAGGUACUCGAGCUCGGCGGAGUUCGCUGCCGACGCCCUUUUGGUGUUCGACAACUGCCAGACCUUCAACGAGGACGACUCGGCCGUGGGCCGGGCUGGCCACGCCAUGCGCCGGUUCUUCCAGAGCCGGUGGGAGGAAUUUUAUCAGGGAAAACACGCUCCGAACCCGUGAGCGGGGAGCCGGUGCCCCCGCCCGGGGCUGGGGGGGUCUCCCCUUGCCCCCACGAACUGCCUCCUCUGGAGCUGCUCUCGCUGCCUGCUGAUCCCACACGGGGGUCUUGUCCCCCCUCCCUCCUCACCCCAAAAAACCUCUGGCAGCGUGAACGGGCCCCCCCUAAAUCCCCCCCCGCCCACCAGACGGCCCCUUCCCGCUGCCCGGUUUCCCCAGCCCCACCCCAAAUCCUCCCUUUUUCCAGCACCACAAAUUCACAGACUUGUGUAAGCCAAAAAGGAAAAAAAAGAAAAAAGAGGUGUUUUUUUUUUUUUCUUGCUUUCUUUCAAAUUUCAUUUUCGAAUUAAGAGCAGAAACAGCCCAUCCCCUUUUCUCCCCCACCCCUCCCAAAGAGGGGAGAACCCUCUUCCCCCCCCACGUUGGGAAUAUUUAACGAUAGCAAUAGUUUAGUGAAUGUCCGAGCACUCCUGUGCAUCGUCUCAUGCAUUAACGGCCAGUAAAGUGGACUUAGCCCCCCCCACCCCGGCCGGGACCCCCCCCCCCGCCCACACAGACACUUUACGGGGAGGGGGACCCCCGGUGCAUUCCCCCCCAAACCCCACUCUACCCUCGGACCCCUCCCCACCCAGCUCCAGGGACCAAACUGGGGAGGGCUGAGGGUGGGGGGGGGGUCCUGGCACCCCCUUUCCCUGCCUCCACUUCUCAGGAAGACCCCGGCCACCCCCUCCCCGGCACGAGGACCCCCCCCCCCCCCCCCCCUUCCUAGAGGGGGCUGGGAGGACGGGGGGGGUCCUGGCCGCCCCCUCAGCCCCAACUGAGACCCCUCAGGGAUGCUACUGCAGGCCCCGGGGGGGGGUCCAGCCCCACACCUUCCCCCCCCCCCCCACCAUGGACUUGAAGCCUCAGGUGGGUGCAGCCCCCCCCCCCCCCUCCCCCAGACCCCGCCGGGGAGGUUGCACUGGGUGGGGAGGGGUCCCAAAUUGGGGCAGGGGUCCCCCCCUGAGUCUCCCCAUGUUAUUGGGGGUGGCCGGGGAGAGGGGGGA